AUGCCUCCUUUUCCCAUGCCUCCCCACGACAUUUGGAGCCAGGACGCCUUCCAGCACCCCUCCUACAACCCAAACCCGAUCCCCCGUCGGCCCCACCCCCAGCCCCAGGCCGGCAGCAGCACCCGCGCCAGUGCCACCACCCGGUCCUCAGAACCUGGCCCCAGCGACGCCGUCACAAAGGAGUUUUUCAAGCACUCGAGCGCGAAACGCGUCAACACCGACGCCCUCAUCUCAAAGGCGCUCAAGGAACAAUACCCCCACCUCGAGCUCGUCGUUGUCCCCGAAUCCCUUGGCUACGGCAAUGGCUGCAACCUCCUCGCCUACGCCCAAGGCGGCCACGCCACCUUCGAGGUCAUCGACGACAGGGACGGCAACAACCUGCCCUCGUCCCUCGAGUGGCUGCUGUACCUGCCCCCCUCCCGGCGCAUGGACGGCAACCUCGGCGGUUUGGCGACGAUUACAAACUUCGGCAAGUACCUGUACAAAUGGCAGGGUCACGAAUUCAUCGUCUACCUCGUCGACGGGCGCGACGGCGUCAUGCCGUACCCGAUCAAGAAUUACUAUAUCCUUGCGCCGCAGACCUACCAGGUCGACCAGCUCGUCCUGUCCGCGGGAAAGUGGAGCAGCGAUCUGCACGAAGAGGUGUGGGUGUUUGAUCAGGGGUACUGGCAAAAGAGCCACGAGCUGUUCAAGAGCUUCCGCGAUGCUUCGUGGGAGAACGUCAUCCUUGACGCGGAUAUGAAGAAGGCGCUCAUCGAAGACCACUUGUCCUUCUACAACUCAAAGGAGACAUAUCAAAACCUCAAGGUGCCUUGGAAGCGCGGUCUUAUCUACUAUGGACCACCGGGCAACGGCAAGACCAUCUCCAUCAAGGCCACGAUGAAUAUGCUCUUUCAGAGGGACAUCCCUACUCUCUACGUGCGCACGCUGGCUUCCUUCAUGGGACCCGAGUACUCCAUCCAGCAGAUCUUCAGCAAGGCUAGAGAAUAUGCGCCUUGCUACCUUGUGCUGGAGGAUCUCGAUACUAUCGUCUCCGAUGACGUGAGGAGCUAUUUCUUGAAUGAGAUGGACGGCCUCAAGGCGAAUGAUGGAAUUUUCAUCAUCGGCAGCACCAACCACCUAGACCGCCUCGACCCAGGCAUCUCUAAACGCCCUUCCCGCUUCGACAGGAAGUACUUCUUCCCCGACCCCAAUCUCGAGCAGCGCAUCGACUACUGCCACUUCUGGCAGAACAAGCUCAAGAGCAACAAGGAGAUCGACUUCCCCGACCAGCUUUGUGAGGCCAUUGCUAAGAUUACAGACAAGUUUAGUUUCGCAUACAUCCAAGAGGCCUUCGUGGCGGCCCUACUUGCCAUUGCGCGACGCUCGGACCACAGCGGUAGCAAGGAGCGGGACAGCGUUGAGGCUUUGACGGAGCAGCUUGAGGACGACUGGCUUGGGGUUGUCGAUGGUGCCGAGGAUGAUGGCGACUUGAAGAAGCUGACGUUGUGGGUUGAGAUUAAGAAGCAGAUUGAGAUUUUGAGAGAUGGCAUGGAGGAGAGGAACUAG